AUGAAUAUCGUUAAGGGUGUCGCCGACCUUAUACGAAGAACUUCCACCGGGCAAAGUGGCGAAUCCUCAGGUCAUGCUCAUAAGUUCUCUCCUCCUGGACCCAAGUUUCGCUUCAGUGAUGCUGGGGAUGAGGCAAUGGUAAAUACUCUUUGGGAGCGAUAUCAGCAAGUUGAUGAUAAGGUGGAGAAAAAGAGGCUGCUUCAUGUUUUCAUCAAGCAAUUUGUAGUUGUCUACAAGGACUGGGAACCUGUAAAUUCAGGAAUAUUAUUAGAGUCUGUUUCUCUUGAGAAUUUUUCAUCUACUGAUGAUGCAGUCAUUGGCUGCUCAGCUGGACAUCCCGUCGAAGUCAUUCGGGUAUUAGUUGAUGAGGUCACACUGUUAAGCUCACUAGUCACUGAGUUGAGCACCGGCACUUUGCUAUUGCCAACAGAAUUAUCUGGGGCUGCAACCAAGUCAUAUAUUACGUCUGAAGGGUUUUUAAUUUUGGAUGCCUUGAAAAUCAUUGCCCGUUCGUUAUACAAUUGUAGAGUAUUUGGAUACUAUGGUGGAAUUCAAAAACUUACAGCACUAAUGAAAGGGGCUGUGGUCCAACUUAAAACUAUAAGUGGCGCCCUUUCUGCUGAUGAAAGUUUGCCUGACUUUGCUAUGGAGAAAAUUAAUCUACUCCAACAAAUUCUGAUAUAUGUUGUGUCAAUAUUUUAUGUUUUCAUUGACUUAGGUUCAAAUAUAGACAAAAUGGACGAGCUGUUCUGCGGUCUUGUAGGCCUUAUUUCACGUGUUGAUACUGCAAUCAGCUCCUCAAAUAAUUCAAAGCUUUUGUCUACUGAAGCAAGGUUACAUUGGCGCCAGAAAGCAGUUGUGUCUGUGAUGGAAGCCGGUGGUCUAAAUUGGUUAGUAGAACUGUUGCGCCUUUGUAGAAGAUUCAGCUUGAAAGAACUGUUGAUGGAUGAUUCACUUCAGUACUUGAGCUUGAAAAUUCUUUCUUUGGCCUUAUCUGCAAAUCCCCGGGGUCAGAAUCAUUUUAAAAGUAUUGGAGGGCUGGAAGUGCUGCUGGAUGGUCUUGGAUUUCCAUCAAAUUAUGCAACAACUUACAGUAAAUUUGUUUUGACUAAUGGAUUCAGGGAUGAUAAACCACUGCAAAAAAUAUUUCAGCUUCAUAUUCUUGCUCUGGAAGUUUUAAGGGAGGCUGUCUUUGGGAACAUGAACAAUUUGCAAUUUCUUUGUGAAAAUGGUAGGGUACAUAAAUUUGCAAAUAGUUUUUGUUCGCCGGCUUUUGUACUUCAAGAUUUGAGACACGGGGGAGAUAUCGCUGAACAGCAGGCUGUCAGUGUUCCUGGUGACAUUCACGAAAAGGAAAAUUAUAUGAAAUCUGAUCCAGCGACGGCUUCUGCUGGCCUUCCACCUAAUGCUUCUUUUUCUCAUUUUUGGAAUGAUUAUGUCCUUACACUUAGCAGAAGUCUCUGUUCCUUUCUUAUAAUUCCUGGAGUUUCUAAAUCUCUUAAUAUCCAACUAUCUUCUGGUCGACUUGCAUUUCCUGUUUCCUCAUCAUAUUGCGAAUUGUCAAUCAAAUGGUUCAUGAGAGUUCUUUUUACAAUAUUUCCCUGUAUCAAAGCUUGCUCAAAUCAGAAUGAGUUGCCAAGCUAUUUAAGGGUUUUUGUCACUGUUUUACAGAACAAAGUUCUCAGUGCAUUUAGAAGUCUUCUUUCUACUUCUCCCGUGUCACUUGAAAUUUUCCGUGAAGAAGGACUAUGGGAUCUCAUCUUUUCAGAAAAUUUCUUUUACUUUGAAUCAGCUUCCAAAGAAACUGCUGGACAGAUAUUUGCAUACAAUAAGAAGUCCGAAUUGUUGACGGCUUCAAGUAGCACUAUUGAUACACCAGAAGUCCAUGGGGUUAAUAGUCUGCAAUUGGAAAUAAUCUCAUUUUUGGAAUUUGCUGCAACUUCUAAUGGAAAUACACACAACAUGACUGAAUUGUCUGCUCUGCUGGAUGCACUUGACCAUUCUGCUUGUAAUUCUGAAAUUGCUGGUCUUCUUGUCAGGAGUUUGGUUCAUAUUUUGCAGCUCUCCCCCGAGAAAACUAUUACUUCUUGUAAAACCUUGAAUGCAGUUUCUCGGGUUUUACAAGUUGCUUGUGUUCAAGCACUAGAGUGUAAAAGAUCUGGAAGUAUGAACCCCUCCAGUGUAAAUAGUGGUUUGGAAUUUUCAGAAUCGGUGCCUGAUCAACAAAAAUGCAAUUCACCUGAGACAGUGCUAAAUUGGUUUGGUUGCAUGAAAAUGUGCAUGGAGUUCUUUACUAAGUUUUCUGCAUCAUCUGAAGAUACAAAGAGUUUUAUAUUGCAGAGUCUUGCAAGCAUUGAUUGCUUGUUUGAUUUAUUUUGGAUAGAAGGUUUGAGAGAUGAUGUGCUUGGGCACAUACUUGAUCUCAUGAAGAUUAUGCCAUUCUCGGAGGAAGAUAAAAAAGCAAAGUUACAGUUAUGCUCUAAGUAUUUAGAAAUGUUCACACAAAUAAAAGAACGGGAGAAAUUUUUUGUUGAUCUGUCUAUUGAUAUGUUGGCUGGAAUGAGAGAUAUGCUUCUGGCUAAUCAAGCAUACUAUCAGGCACUGUUUCGUGAUGGGGAAUGCUUUUUGCAUGUGGUAUCAUUACUUAACAGCGAUCUAGACAAGGAAAAUGGGGAAAGAUUAGUUUUAAAUGUACUCCAAACACUUACUCGUCUGCUUGCAAAUAACGAUACCUCAAAGGCCGCUUUUAGAGCUCUAGCUGGAAAGGGGUACCAGACUCUGCAAAGCCUGCUAUUGGAUUUUUGCCAGUGGCAUUCAAGUGAAAGCCUUUUAGAUGCUUUGCUUGAUAUGCUUGUUGAUGGUAAAUUUGAUAUCAAGAUCAGUCCUAUAAUUAAGAAUGAAGAUGUGAUAAUACUAUAUCUGAUUGUGUUGCAAAAGAACAGUGAAUCAUUGCAGCAUCAUGGGCUGGAUGUGUUUCAGCAUUUACUAAGAGAUUCAAUUUCUAAUAGAGCUUCCUGUGUCAGAGCAGGGAUGCUUGAUUUUCUUCUGAAUUGGUUUUGCCAAGAAGAUAAUGACAGUGUGAUAUUUCAGAUUGCCCAGUUAAUUCAAGCCAUUGGUGGGCAUAGUAUAUCAGGGAAGGACAUACGUAAAAUAUUUGCUUUACUCCGAAGUGAGAAAGUUGGAAUGAGGAGGCAGUACUGCUCUGUUCUGUUAACAAGUCUCUUGUCAAUGCUACAUGAGAAGGGGCCAACUGCCUUUUUUGAUCUCGAUGGGCUUGAUUCUGUAAGUCCUGAAGCUAUUAUAAACUCAUCUAUAACUCCCGAUUCUUCUAUGUAG